GUUUCCGCAGCAAGAACUUUGGCGCGCCGCUUUGAAAGAUUUACCUUAUCAAUGAAAAAAGACGAUCAAAAGUACUGAUCAGCCUUUUAAACCCGAUUUGAAGAGAUCAAUAAGGAGAUUUGUUAUAGCACUACAGCUGUGCACACGGGCGUAGUGUUUGUCAAUCAUCAGAUGCCCUUAAAUCUGUGGUAAACUGCUGUAGCGAUCCUGCUGAAAGUGGACAGGAUGACGUCCACAAAAGAGAUCAAGCAACUGCAAAAGGCCAAGAGUAAAGCCCAAAGCAGCAAUAACCUGAAAGAAGAAGCCAGUUUGUGCAAUCAACUGGGGGAGGUGUACGCUAAAACAGGUGACUAUCAAGCUGCUAUUGAAGAGCAUCGACAGGAAUUAGCGCUGUCUGAGAUUUUGCACGAUGUGAUUGGAUCUGCUGUGGCCAAUAGAAAGAUUGGAGAGUGCUAUGCAGAGCUGGGAAACAUCGAAGCUGCACUGAAGCACCAGAGGCUUCAUCUGAAUCUGGCUCGAUCUGUCCAUGAUGCAGCAGAGGAACAGAGGGCUCUGGCCACUAUUGGACGGACAUAUCUGUUCCUCUUUGACUCUGACCAAUCAGCGAACAGCUUGAAACAUGCUGAAGAUGCAUUCAAGAAGAGUCUGGCCAUCGUAGAUGAGCGCCUUGAAGGUACUGUCUCCCCUCGAGAGAUCAGUGAAAUGAAGGCUCGUCUGCUGCUCAAUCUGGGCUGUGUGUAUGAUGGCAUGAAGGAGCCGCAGCGCUGCAGUGACCUCAUACGACAGAGCAUCUACAUCGCAGAGAAGAACAACCUUUUAGAAGAUCUGUAUCGUGCCAACUUCAACCUGGGCAGCAUUCACUUCCGAAAUGGGCAGCAUUCGCGUGCCAUGCGCUGUUUUGAGCAGUCCAAAGAAUGUGCUCGUAAAAUGAAGGACAAGUUCAGUGAAAGCGAGUGCUUCCAUAGCAUCGGCAAGAUUUUGCUUCAUCUUGGUGAUUUUGCGGCGGCGCGGCGUUCUCUGAAGAAAGCCUUCUGUCUGGGCUCCCAGCAGCCUUCUGAUCGCGAGGCCGUCAAGAAAGAUUUCAGACACGCGAUCAGAGGAUGUCAGCUGGAGCAGACGGCAGCAGAAGUGACCCAGAAGUUUUCCCAUGAGGCUUUGGAUCUGUCUGAGCAGUUGGGAGAUCUGUACUGUAAAGUGGGCUGCUAUAGCAAAGCUCUGGAAGCGUAUCAGACUCAACUGGCGUGUGCAGAGGCUUUAGCCAAGCCUGCUCGUGAGUUAGCCGUCAUUCAUGUGUCUCUGGCGGCCACUUACACAGAUCUACGACAGCAUCACAGGGCCGUGGAGCAUUACAGACAAGAAUUACAGCUGAGGAAGGGAAACCCUAAAGAGGAGUGUGAGACGUGGUUGAACAUGGCUGUUUGUCAGGAGGAGAUGUGCCAGUCUAUGGAGACCCUCGAUCACUGUUUUGCUUCUGCUCUGAACUGCGCUGAGAAAUCAGGACUAAAUAAACUACAGAGGCGUGUGUUAAGAGUGUGGCUUCAGGCCCAGCGGCGCUGCGGAUCCUCCCAGUGUGACGACACUGAGGCCCGGCUGAUGGAGCUCUGUGAGCGGGACGGACUGUCGCUGGACCAAAGUGAGGAUGAGGAUGAGGAAGAUGAUGUGGACAACAGCGAACCACUGGAGGACAGUGACAUCCAGUACUCCGAGUCAGAUGAUGAGGAUCUGGAAGGUUAUGAUAAGAUGGUCACAGGCAGGAGAAAGACUCAGAGGUGGAACAGACGGAAUGAGAAGGGUGAGACUGUCCUCCACAGGGCCUGUAUAGAGGGAAACCUAAGGCAGGUUCAGUACCUCAUUGAACAGGGUCACCCGGUUAACGUAAGGGAUUACUGCGGUUGGACUCCUCUACAUGAAUCCUGUAACUACGGCCAUCAAGAGAUCGUAGCAUUCCUGCUGGACCGCGGAGCAAAUGUAAAUGACCCUGGGGGUCGAGAGUGUGGAGGAAUCACACCUUUGCAUGACACGCUAAACUGCGGACACUUCAGUGUUGCUCGACUGCUGGUGCUGAGAGGAGCGUCAGUCACUGUUCGCAAUAGCAAGGGUCACACUCCUCUGGACACUCUCCGUCAGUGGUUUAAGACUUACAGUGGACAGCUGGAUCCAGAGACCAAGCAGGAGUGUUUGGAGACUGAGAAGCUCAUCAAGAGAGCUCUGUCUGGAGACGUCUCAGUUGUGUGUGCGGCUCCACGGCAGCAAAAGGAGCUUCAGGACAGUCAGCUGUUUGAUGCGGAGUAUUCAGAGCCCCUGCUGCGAGAGUCACCACCAUCACCUCCACCAAUCACACGUCCCGCUGCAACUGUCCCGACUUCUAAAGACUCGGCACCCAAACACAGAAGCACAUCUGCUUCAACCCGUUGGCCACGGGGAAUGGAAGUAGAUGUUCUGUAUGGGGAUGAUAGCAGUUCUUCAGAUAAUCCCGACUCAGAUUGUUCACUCAGUCCUCUGCGUCCUGUUCGGUCGAGACCGCGUUCCCCACCUGCACAGUCUCCACAAGAGGUCCCAUCCAGUCAGGAAUUGCCCUCUGUAUAUGGGAUCAAAGAAACAACAGUACCCCCGCAGUCAGAAUCCGGCAGACUGGAGUACCAGAAGGCCAUGCAGAACCUGGGCAGUGCCAAGUCCCGCCUCUUCUCUCAGAGCCUAUCAGAACCAGCCUUUACCAGCACGCCAGCGGUGUCGGCCAAUAGCAGAGCAGCGCUGGUUCCAGAGGACCAGUAUCUGGCAGAUGAUUGGCUGGAGGAUGACCUAAUUGAUAUGCAACCCAAGAAAAAGCGCAGAGUUUCUGAGCACAACGCGACAAGAGAAACCACUUCCAGAAGCCAGAAUAAUUCCUCCACAAUUGCUGAAGUUCCUCCUAGAGUUCAGAGUUGCUCCAGCAGGGGAAGCCUGUCUCUGAAGAAGGGCAGUAAUAAGCCUCGGCAGGUGAAGAUGAAUCAGCUGCCCGGGAUGGUGAUGUUAGGCAGGAGGGAAGUGAGCAGGUCACAGAGUCCCAUAAUGACCCAGGAGUCUGACCACAUUCAGGAGCCUGCGCCACCUUCCCAUCAGGCUAUGCCACCGGCGUCUUUCCAGAACCGAGCGGCCCAUGUUCCUGCACCAAUCAGGAUGAGGGUUAAAGUUCAGGACAAUGUCUUCUUGAUUCCAGUUCCACACAGUGAGGCAGACUCGUGUACAGUUGCGUGGUUGUGUGAUCAGGCCGCUCAGCGUUAUUAUCAGAUGUGUGGACUGCUGCCUCGUCUGUCUCUGCAGAAAGAGGGCGCUCUGCUCUUACCCACUGACCCACUGCUGGCUGUGCUGCACACCAAUGAAGAGGUUCUUGCUGAAGUGUGUUCAUGGGAUCUUCCUCCUCUGCCUGAGCGCUACAGGAAGGCCUGUCAGAGUCUGGGAGUGGAGGAGAACCGGCGCGUGUCUCGUGUGUGUGAGGUUCAGGACAGCAGCUCGUGUGUGAGCGUCUGCGGUCUGAGUUUGUCUCCAGCGUCUCUCAAUCCUCUCCUGCGAGCGCUGAAGCUUCAGGCUAGCCUCACCGAGCUGCGCAUCUCAGCCAACAGACUCAACGAUGAGCUGCUUCCAGAAAUGAUGGCUGCUGCCGCCACCAUGCCUAGACUUAGAGUUUUAGACAUUUCAGCCAAUCAGAUUACGGGAGAGGGUCUCAGGAAAGCAUCAGAUGCAUUUGAAACAAGGAGUCAAGCUGCUUUUCCUUGUCUGGAGGAGUUGAACCUAAGCAUGAAUCCUCUGGGUGAUGGUUGGACACAAGCGCUAGCCAGUCUGUUAUCCUCUUGUCCUCUUCUGUCCUCUCUGUCCCUGCAAGCCUGUGGUCUUUCUGCGCGUUUCCUCCAGCAACACCGUCUCCUGUUAGCCAACGCCAUGGCCAGCACUGGAAAUAUGCGGUCUGUGUGCCUCUCCCAUAAUGCACUGGGCUCUACUGGUUUUGAGCUUGUGUUGAAGACGUUACCAAUGCAUUGUCUCACGCAUCUGGAGCUUUCUGCAGUAUGUAGAGGUCCAUCUGACCAGCCUUCCAUGGAAAUCCUUACUAAACUCCUUGCACAGGGGGAUUGUCCACUCACACACUUAAAUCUGUCUGGAAAUGGACUUACAGACCACAGCAUCCUCCUGCUUGCUAGGUGUCUUCCUGUCUGUCCUUCCCUGGUGUCUUUGGAUCUAUCAGCCAACCCUUUAGUGACCUCGACUGGCCUUCACAGUCUCCUCAACGGUCUCAUGGAGGCCAGAAGGCCUCUGGGUCAUCUCAAUCUUCAAGGCUGUCAGGUGUCAGGACCGCUGGCUGAGGAUUGUCUGGACAGUUUGUCUGAUCACAUCCGAGACCUGCGUUUGUGCUCUCAGAGUCUGAAUAAGCUGGACCAGGAUGCAUUACAGCAGAGCUGGAAACGAAGAACAGAAGCUGUGCACAUUUUCUCUCGCAACUCCAAAUGCAUGCUGAGUAUCAGUUCACCCUCGCACUAAAUUAUUUUUGGCUGUCGCAUUUGUCCAAAUGCAACCUGGCGGUGCUAUAGUAUUAUGUUGUGAUUUAAAUUGUGUGGUAUUUGAUAAACGUUUAAACAAAUUUAUCUGUAAAUAUGAGUGAUUGUGUCAUUUAUUUGUAUAUACACGUAUGUUUGUUUAUACUCAUAACUCAUUUUAUUCGAUUCGGUGUUUACUUUCUUGCUGCAUAUUUGGCUAAAGUCCAGAAAUUAUGAGUUUAAGUUUGAAAUGGGCGUGUGAUAUCGAUGCAUGUGUGGUGUGGUAUUAAAAUAAUAAUAAAAUACAUAUUCAAGCA